GACCUUUUUGAUUUCAGUUUGGCUUCCUCUGAAUUGUUUCGUCUUUUGUAUCAGUGGCGAAGGAGGUCGCUCAGUCUCUCUCGUCCUUGCAAUCUUAAAGAUGGAGGGCAGUUUUGCUGAGGAGCUCUUCUCUGAAAGUUUGAAGUUAUCAAAUUUAGAAUUGGAUCCUACUUCAACUAGCAACGAUUGUAAUGAAGGUGAAUUGCAGGAUAGGGAUGGAUCUUUGUGGGGUGGUUCUGAUGAGGAAUUUGAUCAUUCAUCUGAUUUGGACAGAGAGUGGGAGAAGAGGCGUGAUCAAUUCUCCACUAUAGGAUACCGCAACGGCCUUAUAGCAGGGAAAGAAGCUUCUGCACAAGAGGGAUUUAAUAUUGGCUUUAAGCAAUCUUUUCUCUCUGGAUACAAUUGGGGUCUUGUUAGAGGUGUAACCAGUGCAUUUGCUGCCCUUCCUAAUGAGCUGAAAGAGAUGUUGGUUGAAACACAAGAGAACAGAAACAAGUUUCAGAGUUUGUACACAUCAGUGCAUUCUCUUUCGACUAACAAUGUGCUUAGUUUGUAUCAUGAUGAUAUAAUGGCUAGCAAAGCAGUGGGACAUAGUGAUAAUGCUGAGAUUAGCUCCAAUGUAGUAGGCUUACAAGAGCAAAGUUCAGGGUGCAGCCAUCUGGAAAAUCACAUUGUAGAGCUUCAAUCACUUCUUCUGGAAACUCCUGCAGUGCAAGUACAUUUAACCGUGGGUAACAAAUAGUUGGUGUCCCUUUGCGUAUAACUCGUUUGUGAAACAAUACUCGUAAUGAAAAAGAAUGUGUAGUGGAAGUGAUCUGCCAAAACUUGUGGCAGCCUGUUUUUGUAGAACUAGAAUUGUAUCAUUUCAAAGAAGAUAUAUCUUUAGUAUGGUCUGAUGAUCUUGUAAGUAA